AUGCGGCUGCUGAGGGCCAGCAAAGACUCCAUGACAGUGGAGGAGUGCCUGGAUGCCCUGAAGCAGAUCUUUGGGGAUAAAAAGGACCAUAGAACCUCACAGUUUAAGUUAGUCCAGACCUUCCAGAAGUCUGGAGAGACCACCUCUGGUUUUUUGCUCGAGCCUCCAUUGACCACUGCCCUCCGUGGCAAACUCGAGCUACUGGAUCAGCGAGAGUGUGCGCCCACUUUCCUGCAGUUAAUGAAGCUCAUUCGAGAUGAAGAGGAGUGUAAGGCCACCAUGGCAGUGACCGAGGAGAUCCAGAGUCGAGCAGAAAGGGUCUUCAGGGCAUCAGAAGACAGUGUCCUGAUCCCUCAGGUCAUGGUGCAGGCAGGGUCAUUUGCUGAGAGCAGCACUCAGACCAUCCAGGAAGGAAUCGUCCCAUUUCUGAAGUGCCGGCAGCUAUCCUCUAGCUGUGACACUGGGGAGGAAGGCCACAGCGAGGCACUAUUUCCUAGGGCCGAGAAUCAGCCUCCAGCAAAGCCCAGGCCUCAGCUGGCAGCAGAAGAGUCAGGGAACGAGAGAGGGGCCGGAGCCAUUGAACCACCCCAAGGCCUAGGAAGCAUAGGAUCAACAUAUCCAGGCACACCCUCUGCUAGCAGGCAACAGAAAACAUGCAACGCAGGGAAGAGGCAGUCCACACAAACAGCAGGGGCCUUGAGUGGGGCAGAGGGGCAGGGAAGCCAGGUCCAGCCCCCUCAGCCUCUACCAACUGGAAGGUGCUCCACCAACCAAGCCAAAAUCAGUUCAGGGAGGUGCGGGAGGCCCAAGCAGAAGAUCAUCAUGUGCAGCAAAAGGGGUGGCCAUGCCUCAGACAGAGACCCCAACAUAGCAGAGGCUGAAGAAGGUGUAGUCAAGGGCUCUGGCAUUGGCCCUGGCUUCUGGCCACCUGCAAACGCCCUGUGGGCUCUGAGCUACCGAUGCUGA